AGAGGCAGAGCCGCCGCCGCCGGAGGAGCCGGUUCCAUGCCCGCUGGAGCCUCCUCGUGCCGCCGCCGCCCCCGCUCGCCCCGCCAUGGACGUUCGCUUCUACCCCUCGGCGCCCAGCGCGGUGGCCUCGCUGCCCGGGGCCGAGCCCGGCUGCCUGGGCCCCCUGGACUAUUACCACUGCAACAAGUUUGACGGGGAGAACAUGUAUAUGGGAAUGAAUGACAAUAAUCAGGAGUUCCUAUCAGCGAAUCAGACGUAUAAUGGUCAGAAUGAGAAUAAUGAAGACUAUGAAAUCCCUCCUAUAACUCCUCCUAACCUCCCGGAGCCCUCGCUUCUUCACUUGGUGGAUCAUGAAACCGGGUAUCAUUCACUGUGUCACGGCCUCCCUCCAAAUAGCCUGAUACCAGCAUAUUCCUAUCAGAACAUGGACCUUCCAGCCAUCAUGGUGUCUAAUAUGUUGAGUCAGGAUGGGCAUCUUCUCUCCAGCCAACUACCUACGUAUAUAGGUUCCCACACUCUGCCUGGCACCAUGGUACCCCACAAUAUGAACAGCAGCCUGGAAGAUCAUCCAUGUCCAAAGGGCCUUCAGUUUGAGACUGGGCUGGUUGUAUAUUCUGAGGCUUGUUCAGAGGUGGAUGGCAGAAUGAUCCAGGAGAUGGUCCACUCAGACGCCACUUCCUAUGAUUCCAACCGUCAAGUCCCCCUGAUCAAUCGACCAGGGAUGUUAGCCGGUCACAUGAGUGCCCUCAGCCAGUCACAGCUGAUUUCUCAGAUGGGUAUGAGGAGCGGUGUUACCCAUGGUUCCCCAUCACCCCCAGGAAGUAAAUCUGCUACACCAUCUCCCUCCAGUUCUACUCAGGAAGAGGAGACAGAAUCACAUUAUAAGGUUUCUGGAGAGAAGAGACCAUCAACAGACCUGGGCAAGAAACCCAAAAGCCAAAAGAAGAAGAAAAAGAAGGACCCCAAUGAGCCCCAGAAGCCUGUGUCAGCUUAUGCCCUGUUUUUCAGAGACACGCAAGCAGCUAUCAAAGGGCAAAACCCAAAUGCUACAUUCGGAGAUGUUUCAAAAAUUGUUGCAUCAAUGUGGGAUAGUUUGGGAGAAGAACAAAAGCAGGCAUAUAAGAGGAAAACAGAAGCCGCGAAGAAGGAGUAUCUAAAGGCUCUGGCAGCCUACAGGGCCAGCUUGGUUUCCAAGAGCUCUGUUGAUCAGGGUGAGACAAAAAGCGCCCAACCCAACCAACCUUCCAAAAUGAUACCACCAAAACAGCCCAUGUAUACGAUGCCACCACAGGCCUCUUCGCCUUAUCCUGGCUUAGGCUCAUUCCUGUCCCCAUCAGAUCUGCAGAGUUACCGGGGACACCCUCACCCCAGCCUCUCCCGAACCCUCAGUUCCAAACCCAUGUUGCCCAGCAUCAGUGCCUCGCCACCUCCUUCUUUUCAAAUCAGCCCUCCUCUCCAUCAGCAGCUGUCUUUGCAUCACCCACAGAGCUCCCUCCUCAACCAGUCACUCAGCAUGCAGCAGGUCCCACAGCAAUCCAUCUUGUCUCCUUCCAUGGCACUACAGGUACAGCCCCCAAUGAACGCUUCACCUCCAGGGCAGCAGGACUUUUCACAUAUUUCAUCUGAGUUUCAAAACAGUGUUGGACCCCGGUCACCUGGUGCAUCAAACCCCCCAGGAAAUACCGACUGGGACAAUGAUUACUCCAGCAGAGAGUGUGGAAUUAACCACUGCAGCAUGCUGCCAAGGGACAAGUCACUCUACCUCACCUAAACCCGCCAUCUCUCUCCAAUAAGGCUCAAAGGAAGGACACUUGAGAGGGUCUAUAAUACAGACCACCCAGAGGGGCAUCACGCAAGUCAUACAGACAAGAGAGCUGAGCUAACACGUCUCGUUGCUGGCUUCAUUUCCAGGCUCUAAGAGCAGUUUUCUUUUAUUAUUUUGAACUCUAAAGUCUACUUUUCGUGGAAGCCCAAACCUCAUAAAUCAUGAAGAACAAAAAAAGAAAAAAACAAAAAAAAAAAAAAAAAACAAAAAAAAUAAGAACACGGUUUAUCUGCUUGCCAUCAGCUUAGCUAUGGACUGUUUUCCUAGUGAACUGCUUUUAGACGCAGCGUAGGCACAGGUCUGGUGUCCUACCGCAUUAGGCCGGCUCAGUAGGAGGAUGCACUCUUUGACUUGCUAACAGCACUAAACUUUGUGCAGGAAAAUGUGAAGUUUGUGUGAAUAUUGUACAUGCAAAGGCCUUGGAUGUCUGGCAAGAAAAAAAAAAGUAAAAACUGUUCCUAGAUGGGUGGGUGGAAAGAGCAGCUGGCAAAAUAUGAAAGGAAAAAAUGUGAAAAAGAUCAUGAAAAAAUAUAAUUUGUUGGAUAGUUGUAAGUAGUUUACUAAGUGUUUUAGAACUGUGCUAAAGACAUCUUUAAGAUUUUUUUGUGGAAAAAAAUUAGUAGUUUACUUUAUAGUAAAAGCAUUUUAUAUUAAUUGUAGCACAUUUUUUAGUUAUACAUAGAAGGGAGAUGUGUAUAAAAAAACAAAAACAAAAAAAAGCCUGCCAAACUUGUUUCUAUUAUUUGUACAGCAAGAAAUGGACAAUUUAUAUCCAUGUUGUAUGGCAUUAUUAUAUUUUUUUCAGCCAUAUGUCCAUCUAUUUAAAAUUGCUGACAAUGAUUUUUGUCUAUUUAUGAAGAAUUAGAAAGCAGAAUUACAAUUUAUCAUAAGGUGCAUUUUUUGGGGUUUUUUAAUUUUUUUUGAUGGUGCUGUUUUCUCAGCACCCAGCACAUUCAGUUCACAAUGCUUAUCUUACCUUUCUUUAUAAUAAAACAUAUGAAAAGUAGAAA